AUGGCCCCAAUCCGGCAAGGCGCGUUCGAAAGGCAUUCGAGAAGAGACGCCCGAAGGACAGCCAAUCUGGACUUCGACGCCCGCGUCCCCAUCCCCUUCAGUGUCUUCCCGUCGUCGUACCGGAGUGACGCUGUUCCUGAAGCUACUCUCGCGGCGCCUGCCAGAGUAGAGGAAGAAGUCAAUCUCGAUCGCACUUCGCACGUCGAACGGGAAGAUACUCGAACCUCUGCUCCUCUCCCGGACCCCCGUGUCUACGGAAAGGAAGAAGUCGACCUUCACGCUUCUUCUGCUUCAGCUUUUGUUGAACAGGAUCGUUACCGUCCUAGACCCGGUGCUCCUUCUGCUUUCCGUGAGGAGGACGUGACUACUACUGUCAAUACUGUUCGAUUCGACGAGCGUGUUGAGACUAUCCCCCCCGUUGGUGCUGCUGCUUCCUCUGCUGCUCCUCGGUAUCCCCAAGUUGAUCUAGCGCGUGAACGUUAUCGUGAACCGUCGGUCCGUUUCCAAGACCGUCAACCCACCUACGAUCAGGCUCUCCAGAACCAGCUUGACAUCACUGAGCGCGAGUAUCGUCGUCGGGUUAAUAAUCCUACCUACGACGUUCCUGCCUCUUCGUACGACCGCCGCUCUCAAGCUUCGGUAGAUUCCUUCUCUGGUCCUCGCCAGCAGUCUAGGGACGUUUCGUACGACCGCCAGUUCAAGCAGUCCGAGUUUGACGUCUCGUACGACCGUGCUUACCAGUCUAAGCCUGUCGACUCCUACCCCCGCGACCCCUACAGCCGCCGUCAACAGAACGUUGAGCCGGUUCCCGAGUCUCCUAGCAGCUCGAACUCUGUGAAGGUUCUCAAGACCAAGACUGUCAUUGAUUCCCCUCCUUCUCGCAAGAUGGGUUACUACGACGACGACGUUCGUUUCCGUGAAGGCGUCCGCGAGGAUGUCCGUAUCGUUGAGCCCCGUGCCGGUGGCAGCUCCUCGACCGCCGAGACCGUGCCGAUCCCCUGCCACUUCAUCCGCAUCGGCGACAUCCUGAUCCUUCAGGGCCGUCCCUGCCAGGUGAUCCGCAUCUCGGUCUCCCCCCAGACCGGCCAGCACCGCUACCUGGGUGUCGACCUGUUCACCCGUGAACUCCAGGAGGAGUCCAGCUUCGUCUCCAACCCCUCUCCUUCCGUCGUGGUCCAGACCAUGCUCGGCCCUGUCUACAAGACCUACCGCAUCCUGGACCUCCGUGAUGACGGCCGCCUGGUCGCCAUGACCGAGACCGGUGAUGUCAAGCAGGGUCUGCCCGUGGUGCCCCAGGGUCACCUGUUCCGCCGCAUCCGCGAGGCCUUCGAGGAUGGCCGUGGCAGCGUCCGCGCCCUGGUCAUCAACGAUGGUGGUCGCGAGCUGGUCGUCGACUACAAGGUGGUCCACGCUUCCCGCCUGUAA